AUGGCCAACAUACCACCCCUCGCGCAGGACCUGCUGCCCCAGACGUUCGGCGGCCUGGUGCUCGCGAAGGGUAUGGACAAACGCGCGGACGAACUGCGCAACCUCACGGCCACCCGCACGGCGCCCAAAGAACAGCUGCUGGAACGGUUUGCCCCGUUCGAGGCGGGCGACUGGGCGCCCCUGCAAGCGCCCCCAGCCCGAAGGCGUCGCGGAGGAGACCGUGGGCGGCCGCUAGCAGGGGGCGACGAGGAGCUCUCGCAGCGCUGCGCGAGGGCGCACGCCUUGGCACAGCAAGGAGAAGUCUCGGCGGCACGCCAGGCCCUCACAGCCAGCACGAUCGCGCCAGGGACCGAGGCCACGCUGGCGGAGCUGCGGGGCCCAGCACGAAGGCUCGCCGAACCGCGGGAGCCGCUGAGAGCGGACUUGGCAGCUUUAGCCCCGGAGCCUAUCCUUCUCGAGUCCGACAAGCUCCUCAGCAGCCUCCGCGGCUGCCGCAGGGGCGCCGCCCGGGGCCCCGCACUCCAGAGGUACUGCGGCAUCGGAGUCAACAUGGGCGAGACGAAGGUCUGGAGCGCAGGAGGAGUGGAACCACCAGGAGUCCGACAGUUAGGCGCCGAGCGAGACCGCGUGUGGGUCGGAGACACCGCCGCACCGCCAUGCGAGCAGGGCCUGGUGAUCCUCGAUACGCCCAUCGGGCACGUAGCAUUCGCCCGCCAUCACAUGCGCUCCCCGCUGGCAGACCACCGUGCCCCCCUGAACCGGCUGAGCCAAGUUGGCGACCUCCAGACCGCCUGGCUGCUCCUGAGCACGUGCGCCAACCCGCGCGCCAAUUCCUACCUGCGCACCAUGGCACUGGAGGGCGCGCGCGAGUUCGCGGCGGCCCGCGACGAGCACAUGGCGCAGGCGGCCACGGACCUCUCGGGCACCCCCCCGGACCAGCUAGCCGCAGGACAGACGGCCAGGGAGGUCGCGCAGCUUCCGCUCUGCCUCGGCGGCUUGGGCUUGCGCUUCGCUGCCCGCAUGGCGCCCGCGGCGUGGUGGGUCUCCUGGGCAGACUGCCUGCCGAUGCUGCGAGAACGCUCGCCGGCUCUGACCGCGGACAUCUGCCGGGCCCUCGACGCAGACGCGGCCGGGCUCCCACCGGGGCUCCGCCAGGCGGCCGAGGCGCGGCGCCAGCUGGCCCAGGCAGGCUACGACUCGCCCACCUGGAAGGCGCUGGCGCUGGGAGCGCGCCCCCCGCCCACGGUGGACAGGGAGAUGGGCGAGCGGGCGCGCGGCUGGCAGUUCAGGGCGGCCCGGGCAAGAGACGACCGAGCCAGGGAGGGCAUCGUGCAACGCAUGCGCACGCCGGAGCGCGCCAUGCUGCGCUCCCAGAGCGGCCCGCGCGCUGGCCGCGCGUUCACGGUCUUGCCCACGAGCGAGCCCAUGCGGGUUCCACCCUCAGAGUUGCGCGCCUUCCUCCUGCGCUGCCCGCGCCUUGACUUGCCAUUCGCGGCGGGCGCGCGCAGGUGCAGAGCGCGACUCGACAGCAGAGGAGGCCACGGGGCGGCGCGCCCCACAGCUGGCGCCCUCAAGGAGCGGGGAGCACCCCUGGAGAUGGCGACGGCCCGCAUCUGCCGCGAGGCGGGGGCGAGACUGGCCGUGGACGCCGCGCCAGUCUGCCCGCUCGGCCGGGACGGCGCGGCCCGCCCGCGCGCGGCAGACGAGGGCGGGGCGUGGCUCCGCGAGGCCCGCCGCCGCAAGGGGAACGCCUACCCGGAGCUCCUGGGCGCGAGGCGCUACAGGCUAGUGGUCAUGGCCUUGGAGGUGGGAGGCCGGUGGUCCCAGGUGGCCCUCCAAGUCGCGCGCGUCUUGGCGGACUGCAAGGCCCAGUCGGCGCCCGAGCUUCUGCGCGCCUCGCGGGCCUUCGCACCCUCUCUGCUGCACCUGCCCCUGGACGGCCUCGCCUGCGACGGCGACGAGCCACGGUUGCAAGACGUCCUCCAGGUCGGUCCAGGUUGGUCUCUGGUAGCCUUCGCUUUCGAGCGCCUGUGCGGCCUCGGCGGCGGCGGCGAGAUUGCCCCCGCGUCCUGGCUGGUGGCCGUCGAGGAGAUCCCUGAUUACAGUAGCCUCGACAGGGCGCCGCUGGUGGAGCAUGUGAAGGGCGCGCUGCUGGACAGCGCAGCCGGGGAGGGCCGGACCUUCGUGGAGCGCCGCUCGGCGUUCGCCCCUGCGAAGCGGAGGCGCGGCCUGGAGCUGGGUCCCUUCCUGGGGCACUGCGACGAGGAACCGACGCGGCCCCUCGAGACCGCGCUGCAGGUGGACGAGGCCAUCGUGGACUACGUGAACCAGUUGUUCUUCGACGGCCACGAGUCCGCAAAGGGCGACCAGGCGACGACGGGGCCGAUCCGCUGCUUCCGCGAGAAUUCGAAGCAGGGGGAGGCGAAGACCACGCGAGCUUGGAGGCGCCUCCGGGGCAGGCGGAAGCUGGCGCCUGCGCGCCGCUGGCGGCCCCUGCUGUUGCCCCCAGAGAACAAGCCGCAGACAAGCAAGACUGACCUGGCGAACGUCGGAGUCAUGCUCGGCAGCAGCUGGCUUCAGUGUGCCACGCCCAUCUUCCGCGAGCUCGCCAUCGUGGAUCCCGAAGAGCUGGUCUGGGAGUUCAGCUACCCACGAUUCAAGAAGAUGUUCAGGCUGGCCUUGCAGGACUUGCAGAUGGACCAGCACGCAGUACCAUGCCAGGCCUGGCACUUGGGCCCAAGCAUCGACGUAGCCAGACAUUACAGAACGCUCGAGGAUAUCCAGAAGAGAGGUCAGUGGAAGCAUGGCAAGCAAGUCAACGCAGCGGCCGUGGAACUCGAGCCGAGCGCACUCGGCGACGGCUUGGGCCUGUACGCCACUCGCCAGUACGAGGCUGACGAGGUAAUCUUCAGCUGGGGGUUGGACGACGCCGCGGUGUUGAUGGUGCCAGAGACACUAGCCAACAAAUUCGCGGCCGGUGCCUAUGGUGCCUUGGCGUUUCAGGUGCUGAAGGCGGCGAGGUCCGCGGAGGCGAGCGCCUGGCGAGAUUGGUUCAACGCCGGGGCGCAGUCGCCAAGAUGGCACCCCUGCAGGCUCAUGUGCACGAGCCCGUCGCUGGCGCAGGAGCUGUGGAUGUCCACGACCUGCGGAACUUCCAUGUCAUCCACUGCCCUGGACAUCAAGGACGACCUGAGUCUGCUGAAGGGCCAGUCCGACUUGCAGGAGUGGACGGGGAUGAUGGCGCUCACGAUGUCGCGGUCGCUCGCGAAGGACCCUGACGGGCGGCCGAUGCUGGCGCUCGGCUCGGACUUCCUCCAGGACUCGGAUGCCCCCAACGUGACCCUCCAGAUCAAGUACAGGACCGAGGGAGGCAUCAUGGGAUUCGGUGCGGACGUCAAGAAGGUGCCUGAGGCGUUAACGCUGGUGGCGACGCAGACGAUUUAUCCCAGCGAGGAGUUGUCCUACCGCUACUUGCGCAAGGACUUCCCCGGCAAGUACAUCGAGACAUUUGGCUUCGUUCCUCGGCACAUGCGCAACGAGUUCGGGGAGUCCGCGGUGGAGCUCGAGUUCGCGCCCUCGGACGAGGAGGAGGACUGGCACUUCAAUGUCAAGGAACAGAUGCUGGAGGACCUGGGUAUGACGUGCGACCCGAUCAAGUUCACCAUCGCUGGUGGGGACUCGCUGGACAUGCCCGAGGAGCAGGACCUGGAUUUUACGGAGAAGUCCGUGAUGGGGCAGAUCGCACAAGUCCUGCGGCUCAAGCACGUCGGCGGGCCGGAGUCGUACCUCAUCGAGCCGAUUUUUAUCAAGAAAUUGUGGAAUUUCUGCGCGGUCAGAAUAUCCAAGGCCAAUGAGAUUGCGGCCAUCGAGGAGGUCAUACAGGAGUGCGACCGCUGGCUCGAUCUCUUCAAGAAUCUCGACGGCACCGAGAGGGACGACGACAACGAGGUGACUGCCACGUUCGCCAUGGUGCGCAAGAAGGAGGCCCAGCUCCUGAACACGCUCAAGCUCAACAUGACCCAGGCGCUGCGCGACUGCAAGUCGUCUUUUGUCGUGUUCUGUCAGAAGGCUGAAGCCUGCGUUCCCCGUUCUGGCAGAACGGGGGCCGCCGCCGCCCAGGCGGAGGAGGCGGUCCCAGCGGUCUUCGCUCGGGGCGGCGCGCAGCUGCCGCCCUACACCACCAAGCUGCGCGAUGAGCUGUGGAAGGAGGCGCAGGCGCAGGUGAAGAACAUGGCGCCGGGCGACUACGUGGGGCAGGAGAAGUACUCGUGCAGCUCGGGCACCUGGGGCGACGGCCCGCAGUGCAACCAGUGGGACUCUGGCUUCUCGCCGUGCUGGCCCAGCGCCAUGACCAUCUCGGCCGCCUGGGACGUGGAGCUGAUGGGGCGGUGGUCCCGGGAGAUGGCGAUGGAGUUCGGCGCCCCGAACAGGGGGCAGCUGGCUCCUGGCGUGAACAUCGCCCGGUACCCUUGGAAUGGCCGGCUGGGCGAGUACAUGUCGGGGGAGGACCCGUACUUUGGGGCCCGCAUGGUGGAGAAGAUGGUCACGGCCUACAGGGAUCUCGACAGGCCGCCCCUGCAGACCGUGAAGCACUUCAUUCCCAACACGAUCGAGACGGGGCGCAUGGACGGGACCGAGGUGGUGGACGAGCGAACUCUCUUCGAGGUGUACUACCCAGCAUUCCAGGCGGCGGUUGACGCUGGGAUGUCUGCAGUCAUGUGUUCGUACAACCUCGUCCAGUGCACCUCGGGCUUGUGCAACGCGGGCAGGGCCUACGCUUGUGCCAACCACGACAUUCUUGUGAAGCAUCUCAAGGGCGUAAUGGGCUUCAAAGGGAUCGUCAUCAGCGACUGGGACGCGACAAAGUGCCAAGCCACCGCCGCGAAGUCCGGGGGAUGCGCCGUGGGAUCCUACAUCGACGGGAGCUAUGCGGCCACGGGGGGCCUCGACCUGGAGAUGCCCGCCUGCGCGUCCCUGUCGGGCGGCUUCGCCAAUGCGACCGUGGCCGCGGACAAGGCCGCGAGGACGCGGUGGGCGUACCUGGUGCAGGGCAGGGAUUUCGACGCCACGGAGACGGGCGAGAACAGGGGCUGGUUCUCCGACGACGAGGCGCACGCGGAGCCCGCCGCCGCCCCGGAGGCCUCCGGCGAGGCGGCACCACCCGCCGAGGCGCAGGCCGCCCGCGGCGAGGCGGAGGUCACGCAGGGGGCGGGCGAGGAGGCGCCCGCAGGGGCCGCGGAGGAGAGGCCGCGCGGGGCCUUCUGCUGCUUCUGGGCCAGCGACGAGCAGGACUCCUGCGCCACGUGCCAGUCGCACGACGGUGGCAUGACGGAGGCGACGUGCGCCGUGAGCAGCAGCAACGUUUGGUGCCGGGGCGGCAAGGCAGGGCACAAGAGCGAUAAGAAGAGGGCCAGACGUGGGGGCCAGAAGCGGGUGCACAGACCGAGUGGGCGCGAGAAGAAGCGGGCUCAGAGUGCGGGCGGUGUUGAGCCGGCCUCUGCCGAGGGUGCCGAGGCGUUCUGCUGCUACUGGCCGAGCGCGGGGGAUGACAGCUGCUCGAGGUGCGAAGUCUCCAACUCGUCUGUCACGAAGGCCACGUGCAAGGUGGCUGAAGCAAACACCUGGUGCGAGGGUGAGCCUAACAGCGCGGCCAUUCGGAAGCUGAGGCUCCCAAGCGCAGCCAGUCUGGCGGGCCCCCCCAGGAGGGUCAGCCGACGCCUGCGGAGCGACGAGGGGAAGGCGGGCGCAGAAGCCCCUGGCCACGGCGCGGCAGCCGCCCCAGACAUGUGUGACCACGAGGGCGAGGAGAACUACAGGUCCCCAUGCAAGCUGGACCUCGCCAACCAGAUCAUCGCCGAGUCGGCCGCGGUCCUCAAGAACCAGGGCGGCGUGCUGCCCAUAUCCAAGACCGCAGAGGUUGCCCUGGUCGGUUCCGAGGCCUGCCACGAGGAGCCCCUCGCCAUCGGCGGCGGCAGCGGCUGGAACGGCAUGGCCUGCCAGGAGCAGCCGUACGUCAACGUCGGGGACGGCAUCAAGGGCAUCGACGGCGUGACGCCGCCGUCCUGCCCGGGAGCGGGAGGGGAGAACUCCGAGGCGGCCAGUGCCGACGUCGUGGUCAUCGUGGUGGUGCCCGAGAAGGCCAGCGAGGGCACGGACCGGAGCACGCUGCAGUUGGAGGAGAAGGACGUGAAGCUCAUCAAGAAGUACUCGAAGAUGGGCAAGCCCGUCGUCGUGGUCAUGAACGCCCCUGGCCCGAUGAUCACCAGCACCUGGGACCACGGCGUGGACGCGAUCCUCGUGACGUGGCUUCCAGGCACCCAGAACGGUAACGGGAUCGCAAAGGCGCUGUACGGCGAGAAGUACGAGGCGUCGGGCCGAUUGCCCUUCACGUUCCCGAAGUGCUCCACGGCAGCGUGCUCGAAGCACGACGAGUUCGAUGGCAGCAUCCCGCUGGGGGACCAGAUCAAGACUGGCCUGGAUGGCAAGCACUGGACUCUGUCCGACAAGGCACUGAUCGGAUACCGUUGGUACCAUGCACAUGGCAUAGAGCCAAACUACCCAUUCGGCUUCGGGCUCUUCGCCUACGGCAGCGGCUCUGUGAACUACACCGCCAUCGCGGCGACGCCGCGCAACGACGGCGCGACCGUGCAGGCCGUGCUCGCGCACGACGGCCCCAGGGCUGGCAAGGACGUGCCGCAGCUGUACCUGAAGUUCCCGGUCUCGGUGCCGGGAGAUGCGGCGAUUCGCCCCGAGUGGGUCCUCAAGGGUUUCGCCAAGGUCCUGGUGGAACCGAAGCAGCCCACCGCUGUGACUUUCACCCUCACCAGCCGUGACCUCUCGUACUGGGACGACUCCCCGGGCAUGUCGAGAUGGGUGUGCGCCAGGGGCGAGUUCACCGCCUGCGUCGGCGCCAACGCCCGGGACGCCGUGGCUAACGACCGGGGGCCCGGGUGCAAAACGUUCACGCCCCAGUGCAGCGAGUUCCCGGGGCCCCGGCUGCAGGAGGUCCACGUUGCUCCAGGGGCCGCCUCCACCAUGAUCGGGCGGCGCAAGUUCCUCUCCGGGUGGCACUGGCCGCUGCCAGUGGCGGCCUCGACUUGCUGGGCAGCCGCCGCCGCCGCGGUGGCCGCCGUGGCCGCUGCUGCCGCUGCCGCCCAGCGGCUGCGCCGAGGCUGCGGCGCCGCAGCGGGCGCCGCCGCGCCAGGGCGGCGAGGCAGCCGGGGCCGGGAGGCCCCGGGCGCGCUCCCGCCGCACGGCGACGUCUCCGACCGCGAGCCCCUGGCGGGCGUCACGGCCGUCCCUGGCAGCGGCUGGUGA